GCGCGAUUUGCAAUACUAAAUGCUCGCCCUUAGGGUCGGGUCACCGGCGGACGGAAUUCCACGGGUGUCUUCUCCCAGUCCCUAGUCGACCAGCGACGCCGAAAGCUGCAAGGACGUCGUUCUGAAUCUCAAUUCGUGCGUGAACUUUAGAUGAUGACUGUUGUUGUUGGUGACGGUUGUGGUGGUGUGCGGAAUUAUGGAAGACGGCGGCGAUGUGUGGGACCGUGGUUCGAAGUCUUGGCGACGCUGGUUGUCGCUUUCGUCGUCCUGGAGCAAGUGACGUGUUUACGGUUCUCCAUCGACAAGAACGGAGCGGUUCGCAUUCUCAGGGACCGACGGAGGACGCCGUCUGCACCAGAGCCCCUCAGGGAAUUCAGAGACUGCGGCGGCAACAUCACGGCCCUGUCGAAGGCGGCCCGGUUGUUCAGCCCUGGCUACCCGCAGUCGUACGAGUCGAACAAGUUCUGCAAGUGGAUCAUCAAGGCGGACGGCAGCAUCACGCUACGCUUCGUCGCCAUAGAGAUCGAAGAGUCUCCCGGCUGCGAAUACGACAACAUCGAUGUCCUGGUUGGUCAGAAGCAGACGUCUUUGGGGAAGCUAUGCGGCACGAGCUUCAACAAGACCAUCCAGACUAACGCGACUACAGCAACGGUGGUCUUCAAAUCGGACGAGUCCUACGAGGAGAAAGGGUUUCACCUAGAAUUCUUUGCAGAUACAGGGGUCACAGCGUUAGAAAGCGGGGAAGAAGAGUGCGGUGACACCCUGACGGACAACGAGGGCAACGUGACGAGUCCCAACUACCCGUACCAGUACCCGGAAAACAGCAGCUGCUGGACACUCAUCAACGUCGAACCGGGCAGGAUCCUCGUCAUGCGCUUCAAGGUCAUCGCCCUCGAGUUUGAUGAGUCGUGCGCCUUCGACUACGUCGAGGUCUUCGACGGGGGCUCAGAAGAUUCUCCGUCUUUGGGUCGUUUCUGCGGGGACUCGCAGAAGCGGGUGCUGCGAUCAACGAGCAACAGCGUUCUAGUCCACUUCAGGUCUGACGACUUGCUGAACAACCGCGGCUUCUUUCUGCACUACGAAACCAACACGGGAGGCAUUAAGGCGACCCACGAGGGAGCCUGUGGCUUGACGUCAGACUCAGAGAACGGCACCGUCGCCACGCCCAACUACCCCAACAGGUACCCGGCCAGCUCCAACUGCCAGGUCGACCUGGAGGCUCCGCUGGGCACCAGGGUCGCCCUCCGCUUCGACGACUUCUCGCUCGAGCCGGACGAGAACUGCACCUUCGACUACGUCGAGGUCUUUGACGGACUCCCAGACGGCUGGAAGUCGCUGGGGCGCAUGUGCGGCGACAAGGGGGAGAUGCAGGAACUCCUCUCGACGCAAACUCGGAUGCGGCUCAAGUUCUACAGUGACAACUUCUCCGAGUUCAGAGGCUUUGUGGCUUCCUACAACCUCGUCACAGGUGACGAUGAAGCAGAGGUGGACGAUGCCCAGACGGUGACCUUGCCCAAGCACAACCUGGUUCCUUCGAGCGAACUCAUCGACGAAAUCUCGGGCGAAGAGACCGUCCCUUCCGACGACAGCCGAAUUCUCAAAUGCCUUCCAAAAGUUCCGGGAGCCAAAGUCACUUGGAAGAAGGACGACACCGCCGUGCUGAACGGAAGCAUGCCACUGCCCAACCUGUACAUGGUGUCGGCGACCACACUCUGGAUCCGAAAGAUGCACUCGGGUCUGGCCGGCACGUACACCUGUAUCGUGACCACCGAGGACCGCCAGGCCAUGGCCACGGCGCAGGUCAUCAUGGUGGGCACCAAGCCCCAGAGCAAGUGCAACGUCUUCUUCAAGAAGAGCCCCAAGGACCAGCACCUGUCCCACGGCGAGACGGCCAUCAUGCACUGCACGGCCCAGGCGCCCAAGCGGCCCUCAUCCGACGUGAGCAUCUCGUGGCUGCGCAACGGCCUGCCCUUCCCGACCAGUCCCAGGUACCGGGACCUGGGCAAUGGCCUUGUCUACAUCAGCGACGCCAUGCCCAAGGACUCGGCCGUCUACACCUGCGUGGCCACGGACAAGCGGUUCAACUGCAGCGUGGAGGAAUCGGCGCUGCUCAGGGUCAUGCCCAGGGUUAACAUCGAGGAAAUCUGUGGCAUCCCGUUCGCUGGGAGACCCAACAUGAGCAAGCCCCACGUCGAACACGGAAAGAUCGUUGGCGGGAUGGACUCCACCAAGGGUGCCUAUCCCUGGCAGGUGAUGUUCUGGACUGACCUGCGCAAAGCGUUCUGCGGCGGCAGUCUCCUGAACGACCAGUGGGUGCUCACGGCGGCGCAUUGCUUCAAGAGGAACGACAUUCGCGUCGAGGAGGUGGAGCUGCGGCUCGGCAAGUACGACCAGAUGGAAGAGGAACCGCAGCAGUUUGUGUCCAAGAUUGCCGACAUCCACUUCCAUCCCAACUUCAAUGGUCAGACAUUCGACAACGACAUCGCGUUGGUUCAGCUCAUGGACAGGGCCUCGUUCACGGACUACAUCCUUCCCGUGUGCCUCGGAGACAGCGUGCUCCUGGAGCGAGACUUCUUCUCCGGGGAGGUCCAGCUGGGCACGGUCACCGGCUGGGGACAGCUGACGGAGAGCGCCAACACCCUGCCACGCUUCCUGCAGGAAAUCAGGCUUCCUAUCGUGGACCACAAGACGUGCCAGAAGGCCACACCGUAUCCGGUGACGCGAAACAUGUUCUGCGCUGGAUACAGCCAGGAGAUCAUCGGUGACGCCUGCAAGGGAGACAGCGGUGGUCCUUUCGUGGUCCAGCGGAAAAACCGCUGGUACAUCAUCGGCAUUGUCAGCUGGGGAGUGGGUUGUGGCCGAAAGAACCACUACGGCUACUACGUCAAAGUCAGCAACUACCACGACUGGAUCAAAGAGAAGAUACUCUACUAGAUAUACCUACAUACAAACAUUGAUACGUCGUCCAUCCAAUACGGUGCUACUUAGUGACGAGCGCAGUGCCUUCGCAGAAAGGUCAUUUGAUUUUGGACUUCUGGUAGUGCUACUUGUUAAGAAGCUCUAUGCUAUUGUGAAGAGCUCACUGGAUCAUCGUAGUUGUGAUCGCGCUACUUGUGAAGGAGCAGCAUACUCUUUCAGAAACCUCCCUGGGUCAUCAUGUUGCUCAUGAUCGUGCUACAUGUGAAGAAGCAUGACGCUUUUUUGCGGAGCGUUCGCUCGGGAAUAUUACUCGUAGUCGUGCCCCCUGUUAGAGAGCACCAUACAUUAGCACCGAGUUCGCUCGAGCAUGUUAGUCAUAAUCGUGCUAGGUCUUAAGGAGCACGAUAUUUUCGCAGAACGGUCACUCGAGAUUGAACUACUGGUCGUAGUACUUGUUAAGGAGCAGCAUGCUUUUACCGAGAGCUCAAUGGAUUAUGUUGCUUACGAUUGUGCUACUUGUUAAGAAGCACAACACUUAAACUCGGGAAUAUUACUCGUGACCGUGCUACUUGUUAAGGAGGCCUAUUUUUCAGCACGGAGCCCACUCGAGGAAGUUAGUCCCAAUAGUGUAUACCUUUAAGAGAGCACAUAAUUUUUUCCGGAAUGUUUACUGAAGCCUCCCACCCUUUGGAACUUAGAUUGGAUGUCACGUUGCACGUUCGCGAUACGUUUUUAAGGUACUGCUCGAUGAAGCAUAUUUGAAGUAUGUUUUAUGAUUGAUGCAAACUGGUGAGAGUCAUGCCUCUUUAUUGUCAUCCUGUUUGGAGUGCGCUAGUUAGCGGGGUUUUUGAAGGGACCUCUAAAAAAAAGCUCAAGCGGUUCUUGAAGAAAACGUGGUAGAGGUGAAUUCCACAUGCUUUGUAUCACGUGAAUUUGAAUAUCGUGUCCGCUUUCCCAAAAAAUGUCACUAAACGCUAGAAAACACAAAACACCUUCGACCAGUCGUUACGUCAUAAAAGGAUCCUUUGGCCGCCAAACGCGUGUCGCUCGUGUAGGCAGCGCGUGCAAUUGCAAGCUAGCCAGGUAUAUUCCCCCGCACUGUCACCAGUCGCGAAGUCUUUUUCUGACUAUUCUGAAAGUAGCAAGAGUGGGCGUGCAUAGCUUUGACAGGCGCCGAAGAUGCGUGAGAGCGCAAAUUCCGAAAACUCCUUUUUAACACUCCGGCGUACAUCAGCGUACUUUCAAAAUAAAGUUCUGAAACCUCCAUGAACUAAAUAAAAAAAUAAAUCUCGAUUUUCAUGAACCUGGAGGCCAAAUAAAGUCGAUUUAAGUGUUUUUAAAUCAAACAUAGAACUGCUUUAGCUUAAGCUUAAAGAAUGACCUCGGUUCUUUUGCAUGACGCAUUCUUUUGAUAUCUCCUUCUCUAAACAACAAAAAUAAUAAAAAAAAGGAAAAGAGGGGGAAAACAUAAAACAAGGUUUCAGGCGCUUUUCGCACGGCAAGGCGGGGGCCAUAUACAUGUUUGGAGAAGAAUGGUCAGAGAGCAAGCUAAUGGGAAGGUAUGGAAACAGGCGAAAAGGUGAAGCUUGAAGUGUACGGCAGCAUAUCAAGAAAUCUGAAAUUUUACGUUUGUUAUCUUAAGAGUAAGCCAGGCUCCCCUCUCUUUAUUUCCUUGAAUUUUCUUUUCUCAAAAACCUACACUUACGAAAUAUGAGUAUGACGAAUGCACCACCCAAAGACACAGGUGUGGUACGUUUCAUUGGAUUCCGUUUAUUAGCUCGUUUAUGCGUCGUUUCUUCACGCCUGAAUAGCAGUCUGCAGAUGAUUUCAGACUUGGCAUAGCUGUCUUUUCAAGGCACACAGCUGUGCGUACAAUCGUAUUGCGUAGAGCGCGGCAUUGUUUAGUACGAACGAGAUAAUAGCCGUUUUUUUUUCUUUUUAUCUUAGACCCGGAAGGCCGUCAUUAGAUCUUUUCGUGUCAUGAAUUGUGCCAAUCCUGGAGACUAAUUUUGGGCGACAGCCAUCGGUGUUCAUCACUGUGCCCUGUCCGAGAAAGUAUGAAAAUGCGCCGGCGUCGUGUUGGUGCUUACCUUGUCAUUACCAAACAGUGAAUGGCAGUCCUUCGGGUGUUAUUUGUGCUCUCUUGCUGCGUUUUCUAUUUAAGUAGUUUUUGACGCAAUUUAAACCUGCUAUACGUGGCCACCCAUUUCACUUCAUAGCGCGUCCCUCGGUAAAAAGCAACAAGAUUUGUACACUAAUUUUAUGCCUUUAUGAAAAAAAAAGUACACUGAAAGUAUAUUUUUAACAUUUAUACUUUCAAUAUCUGAAGUAUACUGGCAAUGUAGUACCUUUAUUGCGCUUCGUACUUUAGCAGCGGGUUUCGCUCCUCGGCCCAGUAGUGCAACUAGAAUAUGCAUACUGAAAGCACCGGGAGUUCCUAAGAAAAAAAAGAACCGUGUUUUUCGGCCCGGAUAAAUAAAAUAUGCAUCGCAGAGUGCUCAAACUCCGUGAGGAUGUGGCGCUAGCGGCUAGGGCAUAGCGCGAAAUUUUGAGAAGAUGAUGUUACCUGGAUAAAAAGAUAAUUGAGAAAAACGAAAUUCUUUAAUGAGCCGACAUCCACUUAAGCCUAAUAUUGCCAAAAUAAGAAACUAUACGAAAUUUUAUUGUGAACGCUCCUGGGAUUUAUAUAAGCGAAAAGACUUGUCACCAAAAAAUAAAAUCUUGUUUCCUUUCUUGCUGACACGCAUGUUUAACUGAAAUAGAAGCUACAGGCGCCCGCAACAACGCCAUUUUGUGUUUGGACGAAAUUAGGCUUAGGUGGACGUCGGCUCAUAGAGAAAAUUUGUUUUUCUCAGUUAUCGUCUAAUACAGGCAACGUCUUCUUCUCAAACUUUCGCACUUGACGCCAACCGCUAGAGUCACCUUCUCAAACAACUUGAGCAUUCUGCGAUCCAUAGUUUAUUUACCUGGGCCGAAAGACAGGGUUCUCUUUUCUCGGGAGUUUGUACAUGCACCAUGUAAAUUUAAUUGAUGCUUUAAGUAUACUUGGCAGAGUGGCUCGUAAAAGUAUAGAAUUAGUAUACUUUUAGUGUGCGGCGUUUUACCAUGAGGUACCUUGGUGUCGACAAGGAUUGGGCAUUGUAUAUGCCGUGGCAAAAACGAAUCAAUCAAAACACGCCAAUACUAUUACCUUUUGCGAGCUUUUGUUUACCUUUGUUUUUAAUCGCAGUCUCCUCCAGGGCAUUGUGGCAUCUUGUUUGGUUGGUUGGUUUUUCGGCCAUUGUUAGUGUAAGAGAGCUAUUGCGACUUCUCUUCGUUGCUACAAUAAAUUCCUCGAUGUACUUUUGGUCAUGUACAAAACGACUUUACAAUAAAGACAAUAAAUACUCUC